GUGGGACACAGCUAAAGCAGUCCUGAGAGGAAAAUUUAUAUCCAUAAAUGCCUAUAUCCAAAAGACAGAAAGAUCAGAAGUCAACAAUCUAAUGUUUUAUGUUAUUGAUCCAAGGACUCUUGACUAUAUUUGGAGCUUCAACCUUGUCCUGAUCUCUUGAUGCUUUACACAAUUUUGACUUUAGGUGAAGGUUAAGAGUUUAAGUUAUAUUCACACUAAUCUAAUGUCUCUAUUCUAAGACUUUUAUUCAUUUUCUGGACCUCAGUUCCUAUUAUAAUUAGCUGUCCAUCUCCUUGGUUCAUCUUGGACUGAUCUUUUUAUUGGUCUCGUUACUUGUCCUGAUUAUUCUUCCUUCUCCACUGGGUUUCUGGGCUGGUGUUUUGCUACUUCCUAAUACUUAUCUCCUGCUGUCUCAGAGGUAUUGCAGUAUCCUCUGUCUAAAUUCACUAUGAUCAAGCUUGGCUUCUCUGUCAGAAAACGGAGUGUUUCACAUUAGGGUUUAUAAUCUUGCCUUUACCUGAAAUGACACCUGCUAUAUUUUCUCUCUCCCUCUGAAACUGAGUUGGUACCCUUAGAACAUGGCUCUCCCAAAUGGAUAGACUGAUUCUGGGUGCUGACCAUUCCUAACCAACCCUGUGCUAUUCCCUUGCAAGAUAGGUAAUUAUCAUUUUGAAGACACAUAAUCUGGCUGAGUCCUGAGCUAGUAAUAUAAACUUUAGUGCAUUUGUUCUUGUUUUUUCCUUUGGCUUCACAAAACCAAUAAUUUUUCCCUCACUAGGAAUUUCUUCCUGGGUUUGAAGAAUCCAUGAACAAUUCUGCAUACUGCCAUAAGUCUUCUCCCAUAUAAGCUGAACAAACUCAGUUCUCCAAUCCCUCUCUACCCGAUGUAAUGUCCAAAUCCUUCAUACUUUUGGAUACUCCUAUAUAUUCAUCAGACACUAUUUUCAGGAGCGAUUUGGAUGGCUGAGAGGAGAGUCAAAUGUAGGGAGAGCAGUUAAGAAGAGCCAAUGUUUUUGGGUAAUUUCACCGUGGCCAGAUAACGUAUGGCUAGCAAUACCUCCAGGACUUGGCCUAACCUUGUAUCUACCAUUUCAAGUCUAGGAGCAGAAAAAAUUUGCCAUUUUUUUCCAGCCUUAUUCUCUGGCCAGGUUCUUUUAUCUCUUAAAGGUUUCCACUUAUUAAUUCACUCUUCCUUUCAUGGUUGACACCUAUCUCAGUAGGAAUCUUCUAGGUAAUGUUCUGUGCUGGUCUUAGGGGUACCCUUCUUCAUCUCCUUGCCUUCUUCCUUACCCUCCCUGGAUCAGAUAUUUCUGGGCCAUAAAGCCAGAUGGUCCCAUUCCCCAUGACAGGAAGUUUCUCCUUGUUCCUGGCUGCAGGGGCUUGGCCCCCUCUUGGCAAGGCAUCCUGGAAUAUGCUGUUCAAAAUAUUCCCUGCUGGGGCUGUUCCCUGGAGCUCCAAUAAGAGAAGAUAUCUUGUUAGAACUUUGUUUGAAGAGGAAGUAGAAGUACUAAUUGGUGUCUAGGUGGUAAGAGCUUCACCUUGGAUCCCUAUGGGCAAUGCUUGAAAAGAUGCCUGUUAAAUAUCCUGUUCUUGAGACCUAACUGGUAGUUUAACUUCUCAUCCCCCUCUAGGUCAAUCAAUGCAGCUCUUUGGUGAGUAAUGGCUAAGGGUAGGCCCAAGGAAGAGAAAUAAAUAGAGGCUACAAACACAUUAACUUACCCCUAAUCCUCCCAGAUCUGGACAAUUUGAUAGGCUGUCUGGGAUGGAAUUGCAUGCUUUCAAUAUCAGUAGGGGAAAUCAUAAAUACAGGCAAUACUGUGCAUACUGUCAGGGGCGUGUCUGGAUUUUUGGUAUUGUAUGAAAUAGGCAAAGGUGGGAUUGAGUAUGAGAGAAUUCCUUACUCCAAAGCAAGGUAACAUCCUUUUAGUCCUGGAUGAGCAGUAAGCUAUUUGGAAGUCUGCUCCUCUUUGAAGCCCACCGGGUAAGUCAUAGGGAAACAUGAAGACCCCUAAAUCUUGAGUUCCUGGUUCAUCCUUAUUUCCGGACCCAUUGCAUCCCUUUAUCUACUUCCCUGAUGAAAGCAGAACAGGUGAGCUUACUGGGUCAGACUUUUCCCUAGGGCACAAAGAUAUACCAUAAUGAGGGACACUUUCUGGGCCCUGAGGGGAUAGUUAGGAAAUCAAGUGUAAUUAUUUCUUUGAGUUUUCUGAAGACAGGGGCUUACAGAUGGUCAGUUUCAGGAUAAUUUGAAGCAGAUGUUCCACCCUCCUCUCAACACCACUCUCUGGGGUUGCUGAGGGAAAUGAUAUGUGUUGAGAAGAAAGAGGAAGCAACAUGGGAGAGGAGGUAGUGUUUUGGACUGGGUUGUUCCAGUUUACUGUUACACAUAAUCCACCCAUGGGAUGUAUCUAUCUGGCUUUGCCAAAUCAAAUGCAUUGUCUCUCAAUUUCAACAGUUUCUAUAGUUCUCAACUGGACUGCUCCCACUGCACCGUUUAUUACUUAUAAUUCAGUGAUAAUAAUAAUAACAAUAAUAUUCUCAGUAUUUGACAAAGAAUUUUCUCAUAUUCUAUCUCAUUUGAUUUUUACAAUGAUGCCAUGAGGUAGAGUUUAGUAUACUCAUUUUACAUGUGAGGAAACUAAGGCUUGAAAGUGGUUAGAUGCUUUGCUUAAUUAAGAUCACCCAGCAGACAUGUGGCAGAAAUAGUACCCCAAACCAGGAUCUUGGCUCCUGAUCUGGAGUUUAUUUCAUGACACCAGAAAUAUAGGUCCACUCAUAUUUCCCACCUCACAGCCCCAGCACCUUCUGUGGUCAUCACAUAGUCUCCUCAGCAGUUGUGGCUGAAGAUGGGCAAUAAUUACAUAGUUCUCUUGGAGAGAAAAAACAAAACUUCUUGGCUGUUUUAAAUCUGUUGUUUCUUCUUUCUUGAACUGUGUUCCGCUGACUUCUGCUCCUUUCUUUCGUGUUUAGAGACCUCUUCUUGCUGUUAUUAAGGCUGUAAGAUCAACUUGGCUGCAUCUUUUAUGCCUAGAAUGGAAUCACUUUUCUUACAUUCUAAAGCCCUCUCAGGCCCUAUACCCAGAUAUCUCUGUGUCUUUGUGUUUGUCUUUCACAUGAGAGGAUUGGGGAACUUGAGGUACUGGGGGUGUUGGGAAGACACAUAAUCCCCAAAUCACUCCUUAUCUGUCCUUUAUUUGAUCCCUCUGUACUCCCUUGGCUGACAGGCCCUGGGGUUUCUUCCCUGUCCCUGCAAUAGCCACUGCUAACUCAGAGAUAGGAUGAUAUCUUCCUAGCUUGAGGGUCACUGGCUAUGAGCUGUGGUCUGAUUUUGUCACUGUGUAGAGCAUUUGCUUCUUUCCAGACUCCAGUUUUCUGACCUAUAAAAUGAUGAUAUUGGACAUUAUACAUGUUAGGGACAUAAAUAAUGUUGUACACUUCUAAUGUGAUAACCUGAAAAGAAGAGCCAGAGGGAACAUCUGCCAAGUUUUUCUCCGAAAGUCAGUAGGGCACAGAAUUCUUUGGCCUUCACAUUAUGGUUAUUACCAAGAGCUUCUGUUUACACCAGCUUACCACACCUCUGAACUUUUUGUCUACCCCUGUAUAAUACCACCUUGAAGGAGAGGGAGAAAUAGGAAGUGGUGAAGUCAGACAGCCAUUGAGAUAUUGGGUAGAGAAGCAAGUGAAAUGGAUGGGAAUAGUGCAAAGAGCCUGAUCUAUGUUAGAGUCAUCAGGGACCCUAUAUUAUUCUGUAACCUUCAUAGUCAAGUGAUGUGUGGAAGAGUGGGGUGUCUCCAAAUUAAGGAGUUUUCCAGAUGUUAGGAUUAUUGGCAGCUUCAGAAGAGAGUUAAUGUGAUAAGACUAGAGGACUAUCUGAGGGCAGUGUUGAUUAAAUCUAAGCACCAGAAUUUGGGAAUACGAGCUUGAUGGGAAUGAAUUUUAUUAAACAACAAUUCCUGGGCAUCUACUUAAAUCUGGUCAUAUGAAUUGCCCCAGGUCACAUAUACUGUAGGAUAGCUAAUGCUGGAUCCUGGUUUCUGAACUUCUUGUUCAAUGCAUUUCCCACUGACUUGCCUCUUCUGUGUUUGAAGAUCUUGCAUAAAUACUGACUAAACUGAAAGUUAUUUUUCACUUUUUUCCUGAGAACUAUGGGAAGAGUGAUGUGGUAGUGAUGGGGCUAGUGAGACCAUAUAUCCUGGGCUGCCAUCAUUGAGUUUCACCUGCCUGCCAUUCUUCCUUUCUUUGCAGCACCUCCUUAUUUUUCCGUGCAGCACCUCCUUAUUUUUCCAUGUGAGAUGAUCACCAUGAUUCUUUCCAAUAGUUCUCAUCUCUUCCCACAUACUUUCUUCUUGGCUGGCAUCCCAGGAUUGACUGCUGCCCACGUUUGGAUCUCACUUCCCUUUUUCUUUAUGUUUUUCCUGGCACUAACUGGGAAUAGUGUCCUGCUUUUUCUCAUCCGGACAGAACAUAGCCUUCACCAGCCCAUGUUUUUCUUUCUUGCCAUGCUCUCCUUUGUUGACCUGAUCCUUUCCCUUUCCACACUGCCCAAGAUGCUGGCCAUUUUCUGGUUUGGAGCUACAGCCAUCAGCUCUUACUCUUGUCUUUCCCAGAUGUUCUUCAUUCACGCAUUCUCUGCCAUGGAGUCAGGGGUGCUAGUGGCCAUGGCUCUGGACCGCUUUGUGGCCAUCUGUAACCCACUGCGUUAUGCAACCAUCCUUACCCCUGUUGUUGUUGCCAAGAUUGGGGGCCUGGUGGUGUUGCGAGCUGUGGGGUUGACCGUCUCCUUUCCAAGCCUGGCCCAUCGGCUUUCCUACUGUGGCUCACACACGAUUGCCUAUACCUACUGUGAGCACAUGGCAGUGGUGAAGCUGGCCUGUGGGGCCACCACUGUGGACAACCUCUAUGCCUUUGCUGUGGCAGUCUUUCUCGGUGUGGGGGAUGUGGCCUUUAUUGCCUAUUCCUAUGGGCAGAUUGUGAGGACUGUGACACAUUUUCCUUCACCUGAGGCACGUGCUAAAGCAGGCAGCACAUGCAUGGCCCAUGUCUGUGUCAUCUUCUUCUUCUAUGGACCAGGCUUUCUUUCUGUGGUCAUGCAGCGCUUUGGGCCACCCACAGCCUCUGCUGCCAAGGUCAUCCUUGCCAAUCUCUACUUGCUCUUCCCCCCUGCACUGGAUCCCCUCGUCUAUGGCAUCAAGACUAAGCAGAUCCGGGAGCGACUGUUUACUAUUCUGAACCCCAGGUGGAUUGAGCCCACCUGAGUAUAGUUCUUAUCAGCUAGACCUCAGGGCCAGGGGGCCUCCCCGUAGGAUGGAAACACCACAGCCCAGGUUGUUUACCUAGUGAGGACAGUGAAGAGAAAGCAAAUGAAGUUAUCCUGGGUGUUGGGAAAUCCCUUUUGAGGCCUAUGGUGUAUAGAUGGAAGACCAAGAAGGACUGGGGUAUCUCAUCUGAUCAAUUAGCAGGUGAUUUUUUGAUAUCCUUUUUUCUUUAAAACGUUUAUGGUUUAUUUUGUGCUAAUAAGAUAAAUACACGAGGUAAUUAAGAAACAAUUAGGACUUUGAUGGACCUGGAUUCAAGUGAUUAGGAGUUCAGGAGAGAUUAACUGGAUUCCUUUUUUGGAUGUAUGAAAAAAUGGAGUGCUUCCCACCAGCAUGGGACUCAUGCACAGCCAGUCCGUGGGAGUGGGUGGCCUCUUUACCAAAGAAACUUUGGCGGCAGAGAAAGCUGGGUAGCAAACUAUAGAGAUAAUUUAGAGUUCAAGUUUGUGAGAGAAAUUCUUAAAAAUUUUCAUGUUCCAUCUGACUCCAAAAUUGUAGAUAAAACUUGUUUUCUUUAUUUUAUGUACUUUUCAGUCUAUUUCUCAAAUGGAUAACCCUCUAUGACUCCUAAAGUAUUAUUGCUUCGUUUUUAGUCUCAGGUGCAGAGACUUGAGUUAAUUGUACUUGUAAGCUUAUUACACCUAAAAAUUAUUGUUAUAAAAAUUCUUGUUCUGUUUCUUUAUUUUCUGUUUUCUCUUGCCCAUUCCCUUCCCAGUUCCUACCAUGGCAAUCACUUUAAUGUGUUUAUGGAAUGUUCUUUUGUAUUUACAUAUCCUUGAAAUUCAUGUAUAUCCUUGAAACACACGUAUGUUGUUUGAGUAUUAUGUAAUCCUAUUACUCAUACAUGUCCUUCCUUAGUUCUUCAAAUGUGUAUGCUCCCUCCAGCCAGGAUUGUCUGGGCUCCUUCUAAUGUGAAUGCAUUUCCCUGUCCUUAUCCUGUUUCCACUCAUAUGCCUCACCUCCUUGGAGAAGAUUCUUCUAACUACAUCAAGUCACUUGUUUCAUGAUGUCAGAGCACUAUAUAUGUUUCUUUCAUUAUUCGUCAUAAUUUAUAAUUACAUAUAUGUUUUUUGAUUGCCUGAAUGAUGUCUGUCCCCAUCCCUACUAGAUGCUGAUUUCUAUCUUAUUAUUGACAUAGUUCUUGGCAUAUUAUAUACACUCUGCAUGAAUGUUUGCUUAAUAAACAAAUACCAUUUUUUAAUGAAUUGUGUCACCAGCAGCAUAUUUCUUCAUCAGUCACAUUAACAUAGUGUGUUUUUGAAUACAGUAAUACAUAAAUUUCCAAUAUAGUAGGCGUUCAAUAUACUUUCAUUGAAGAAAUGAAAUAAACCAUUGCUGUAACAAUCACUAUUAACAUUACUGUCCUUACUAUCAUCAUUAUGACUAAUGUUGCCUCCACUUGGCCUUUUCAGAUAUUGUGAUUUCAAAUGACAGCAUUUGGACACUGUGCAGGGGCACUGGAAAGCAUGAUUACUGUCAUAAGGCAGACUUGCCGCUGGGAGGGCUUAGAGAUCUCUGAGUGCUCUGGGCCAACUAGUUUUGAAGAAUCCUACUCUGAAUAUGUUGUAUUAGUGACAAAUCUUGAUAAUGAGAGCAGCUCCUGUGUGUUCAGCUCUUGCUCCGUGGUACUUUGAGUCCUUGAAAUAAAAACUUUGCAUAUACAUUUUCUCAUUUAAUGACUGUAAAAUGCAAAUGAAGCUGGUGCUGUCAUUAUUCCUGUUUUAUAUCUGAUGAAAUGUACUUCCUACUAAGUGGGGAUGAUUUAUAUUCUCAUACUUCUUCUACCUUUGGCUUGGUGUUGAGUUUAGUGUCCUUUUUCCCCAAAUAAAAUUUGUAAAAACAGAUGAACAAACAAGCACAGACUGGUGCUUCCUCGAGUUUAGGCCAUUCACAUUUAUUAUCCUCUACCACUCCCAGUUACUAUUGUCUCUCCUCUUUAUUCUCCUUCAUUAAAUGAUGGCAUGGUCAAAAUCCCUAUUUUUUUUUUUUUUUUUACCAACUAUGAUCCUGGUGGGAGACUACAGUGUUCAUGUUGAUGACCCAUGGAACACUCUGGCCUAUCAUAUUCUUGAUUUUUUUUAUCCCCCAAGACCCUACCCCAUCUUCCCAUUCCCAU